GCUUUUGUUGCGUCGACAACAGGCAGCUGCGUGCAGUAGAUAUUAGCGGGGUGUGCUGCCUAAGUAAACCUUACUGCAGUUACCAAAUAUAAAUGAUAGGUAGGUUAUCUACUGUGGUGCCUUGAACCUCCGGCCUGACGCAAACUUAAUCUGACUUGUUUUUUUUUUUUACUUGAGCACACCGCAACAGUCACCCAUUCCGAGUGAAUAACGUAUAAAGACCAGACAAUCGCGCGUUUCCUCCAAAUUGCCACCUGAUACCACUUUAUAUCUUUUGUCACAAAUCCUUUCGUCACGAUUCUGAAAAACUAAUCAUCUCAAUCCAACAUCAUGGGUGAAUCCGAAGCUCCCCCCGCCGCCAACUACGUCCGCCUCCAGUCAAAUGACAAUGUGCGGAUUGAUGUCGAGAAGGCUGUUGCGGAGCGGUCGCUCCUGAUCAAGAACAUGCUUGAGGAUCUUGGUCCUAACGCUGAGGGACAGACUAUCCCCAUCCCCAACGUGACCGAGCCUGUCCUUCGCAAGGUUAUCGAGUGGUGUGAGCACCAUCGUCACGACCCCCCGGCUACGAAUGAGGAUGAGUCCGACAAUCGUAAGAAGACCACCGACAUCGACGAGUGGGACCAGAAGUUCAUGCAAGUCGAUCAGGAAAUGCUCUUCGAGAUUAUCCUCGCCUCGAACUACCUCGAUAUCAAGGCGCUAUUGGAUGUUGGAUGCAAGACUGUUGCCAACAUGAUCAAGGGCAAAUCCCCCGAGGAGAUUCGUAAGACGUUCAACAUCACGAACGACUUCACCCCGGAGGAGGAAGAGCAGAUUCGUCGUGAAAACGAAUGGGCUGAGGAUCGAUAAACGCCUCAAGUCACAUUUCCGGUUGUUUUAUGAUUGCUUAAUCUUCACGCUGACUAAGUCUUAUCAAGUGAUAUGGCUGAUUUAAUGGUGGGUGGAGACAACAACCGGCCAAGAGGGUUCCUUGCGGCUUGCGGCGAAAACCAUAGGCAUUCCAUAGCUGGCCAUUUGUGUGUGGCAUUGGCAUGGAGAAGAGUGGACUCAUAUUCUUGAGAUGAACCACCUCCAACCUUUGCUCUCUUAACCAGUAUAGAUACUGGAUGGUAUCAGCAACAUUACAUGGUUAGAGAGCAUGCAAAUUUGUUUUAGGAGUUUGGAAUUAGCAUAAUGACAUUAGUAAACACCA